AUGGCCUCUGGACAAGAAAAGAGCUCGGAGCGUGCCCUCCGUGUGAGAGAAAACAAGCGGAGGCACCGACUACGGCAGAGGGAGUAUGUGGCAGACCUUGAGCGUCGCCUGGCUGAAGCCCGCGAGCAAGGCAUCCAAGCGUCCAAGGAAGUGCAAGCAGCUGCCCGGAGGGUCGCCUGGGAAAACUCGCGCUUGCGGCAGAUACUCCGUGACCGUGGUUUAGGCGACAAUGCGAUCAAUGCCCUGGUGUAUGAUACGGACAAGUCCAAGCCUACCGAACAAGGAUCGAGGCCAGAAGUAGUCGUGCAGCCUAAAGCCUCACUUUGCAUAAGCCACUCUGAUCAGACUACACCUCUUGGAAUAUCCCUGGCGAACCAAGGACAUGUAGGGUUGACUCCCGACUUGCGACAGAUAUCCGCUAAAGAGCCUAGCGUCCUCUUGGAGAGUAACAAGUGUGCGUCAGGCGGUGCUUGUGCAAUGCCUUCCUCUACCGACUGUCCGGGAGUAUCACAUUCACAGCCGACCUCUUGUGCAAAUGAGCCACCUUCUGAGUGUGCUCCAACAGCUACACUUCCACCCUGUAGGCUCCUAACAAUAUUAGCUAACAACCCAAACACCGAUGUCCAUCAGAUACCCCCAGUAUCCAACAAGCAAAGCGAUGAUGACCAUACCGGCGGGGUAGAAUGUUCCCAGGCUCGUGAGAUGCUGAUGCGCUUUGCUACCUCAGAAGAAAAAAUUGACCAGAUUGCGGAAGCUCUGGAGAAAGGAUGUGUUAAGGAUAGCAAAAGCGGCGGUUGUCGAGUUAAGAACAAUGCUAUGUGGGAAGCACUGGAGCGCGUUUGGGAAUAA